GGACUCCGGCCCAUGGCUUCUCAGCACGGCGUGUCGCGCGUCGUGGGUGGCACAGAUGCCCAGCCAGGGGCCUGGCCCUGGAUCGUCAGCAUCCAGGAUCCCUGGAAAACAGGCACGGGGCAUACAUGCGGAGGGUCCCUCAUCAGCCCACAGUGGGUCCUCACAGCAGCCCACUGCUUCAUUGAGGCCAGGCACAUCACCAUGUGGCGCGUGGUGGUCGGGGCCACCCGGUUGACUCAGCUGGGCCCUGAGGCCCAAGUGCGCACUAUCAAGCGGCUACUGGUUCACGAGCACUACAGUAACAUCACGCAGAGGAACGACAUCGCCCUGCUGGAACUGGACCAGCCUGUGCAGUGCAGCUACUCCAUCCAGCUUGCCUGUGUGCCCGACGCCUCGCUGAGAGUGUCAGAGCUGACAACCUGCUACGCCAGCGGCUGGGGUUCCACGACUGCAAGAUGUGAGUUCCCAAAAAGAUCAACUGAUGUCCUGCAGGAGGCCAAGGUCCGCCUCAUUGAUGUCAACCUCUGUAACAGCAGCGGGUGGUACAGAGGGGCCAUCCACACCCACAACCUGUGUGCUGGCUACGCGCAGGGUGGCAUCGACACCUGCCAGGGCGACAGCGGUGGUCCUCUCGUCUGCAAAGAUAACAAUGCAGACUACUUCUGGCUCGUUGGAGUCACCAGCUGGGGGAAAGGCUGCGCGAGAGCAAGACGGCCCGGAGUCUACACCUCCACGCAGCACUUUUACGACUGGAUCCUGGCACAGAUGGGACUGCGCCCAGCAGUAUCGGCUACUCCAACGCCACAGCCAGGCUUCACCUCAAGCCCCUUUCAGAGGCCGAGACCGAUACCAACUCAAUUGGGCACGUUUACACCCUGCCCAUUUCCACUCCAGAGGCUGGUGCAAUUCUUUACUCGGGUGCAGGAGCUCCUGCAGUUCCUAAGGGGGACAAAGGCCUGA